AUGUUCACACAGCGGUACCGCAAUGCUGCGUUCGCUGGUGGAGAGGAAAGGUGUUGUUUGAUUAAUUUGAUGGCUGUUGUAGAGUUCUUGGAGAAUGUGGAUCUUGGUGCUGUGGGUGUUGGGAAGGGUGUUGGUAUUGUUAGCACCGCAGACCUCACUCCAAUCCCAAUUGUACGCACCACACUUCCACCAGACGCACCUGCAGACGCGCCGGGCAGCCCCCACGGACGCGUAGAACAAGGUGUCGAUGCCAUCGCUGGGUCUGCUAAUAAAGUAAUGAUGGGCGUCGUAGACAGCUCAUUCGGCGUCCUCCGCUCAUUCCUACCAUCUGCACCCAGCGCAACAUCUGCUCUUACUUCAGCAUCUGCUGUAAACCCAAUAUUCACGUCUGCCCCUGCUACAGAGACCAGCGACGCGCAGUGGAACAUGGACCACGUACACCGAGCCCUCGCUGGUAUACCUGCACCCAUUCGGACGGGAAUUCAGAGCCAGGCUGCUGACAACGAGGGCAUGUCUCGUCCGAUCAUCGCAUGUUUCCUUCUUGUUGUCGUUGUCAUACUGAGCCUCCUUCAGAAGCUUUGGCGCGUGUCUGCCUCUUAG